UGCCUUUAAUUGGUGUGUUUUACAGAAGUAAAAUUCUUACGGAUCUUUUUUAUGUGAGAGUUUUUGGGUGACAGAUUGUAAUAAAAUGGAUCCCGUGUUACGUGCGUCCGACGAAAAAUUAAUGAACUUGGAAAUACAAUACAAGGAAAAAACCCAGAUUUUGACGAAAUGCUGCAUUACAGCUUCUGAAUACAGAACGUUGCACGUAGUUGGUACAAUGUUUUGUCUUUAAAUAAAAUCGUCAUCGUUCAGGGUUUGCCGCUGUUGUCUUCAGGGUCACUAACUUCUGUGGUUUGGCACAAUGAGUUACCGAGAAACAACAGAAGAUUUAGAAACAUUAGUGGGCAAAUUAACCACUCUGAUAACUGAUACUUUCAAAUGUUGCAUAAGGAACUAUGAAGCCUUACUGCCAUACCUUGGGAAAAAGGAAACAAAUUCUAAAACACGUCACAAAUUAGUACAAGUUAAUAUACUGUUAAACAAGUUAAAUGAAGACCUUGUGAGUCUAAGAGUUGAAUAUGCAGGUAACUCAUCAUAUGAACAAAAAGGGAAGUCUGUUCUGUGUGAAGGAGAUAGGAAGAGAAGAAUGAAUGAUCUACUCGAGUUAGGUGGACAUGAGACCAAAAAUAUAAAAAUGAAAGUGCAAUUUACCAACAAUACAAAGCAUUCCAUUGCAUUAACUCCAGAGACUGGAAUCAAUAUGCAGUCAGAGAAUAUAGUAUUAAUGGAUAGUGAAGAAACAGGUAAUACACAGGAUCAGAAGUCGGACAUACACAGGAAGAAAAACACAAAAAUGGAGAUACAAGAUUCAAAGGAAGUCAAAGAUACACAUGAAUUGCCUAUAACUAAUAGUCAGAUUCAUGCUGUUCAGAAAUCAUGUGACACUACAAAAAAUGAAAAGACAGUAUGUUUUGCUGAUGAUGAAGAAAGUGAAUCUGUGCCAGAUAGAUUUGUGAAGGGUAAUACAUAUGAUAAAUCUGCUGACAGUACCAUUCAUACAGAAAGUAAUGAAGCAUGUGUUCCAUUACAAAAUGUAGAAAGUGAGAUUAGCAGUCAAGAGAAAUGUGAAGACAGUGACAUUGUUCUUAGUAAAGAUCCUAUAACAUAUGUACCUGUUCAGAGCGUGGAGGAAGUGUGUAAUGUAAGGCAUGAACUAUAUGGUAUCAAAAAGCACAAGAAAAAUAGUUUUAAGUGUACACUGUGCACGUGUGUAGUUUCUGACAUGAAAACACUGUAUAGUCAUGUGCAAGGAAAGAAGCACCUAAAGAAACUGGCUGGCAAGGCUUGUUGGAUCAGAAUUGCUGAAGUUCCAAAUAACACCAGUGAAAGUGCAGCAUCUGUUUCUAUGUGUUCUACAGUUGCCUGCUCACUCACUGAUACUGUUGCAAGUAAUAGCUGUGAAAGUAUAGUGUCUGAUUCUGUGUGUUCUGCUGUUUCCUGCUCGCCUGCUGAAAUUGGUCCAAGUAACAGCAGUGAAAGUACAGCAUCUGAUUCUGUGAGUCCUGUUUUCUGCUCUCUGGCUGAUAAUGUUGCUAUUGUAGAGGACAAAGACAAGGUAGCAUCAAUGAAACGUGCAGUUGUGUUAGAGCAUAUAUGGACUUAUUUUGAUCCACCAUUUCACUUUAACAAAAAAUUCAUUAGGUUUCAUUUGGGGCGAAUAAUCUGUUACCUUUGUUAUGAAGAGACAGGAAGGUACAUACUCGAUGUGAGGAAGCACAUUUCUAAAGUAAGUCAUCUGGAUCGGAUAAAUACAUUACGAAACAUGAAUUUGAAAAAUAAAUCCUCCAAUAUACUAAUGUUUGAUGUACCAGGCAGCCUAAAGAACAUUGUUCCUGCUACACAGUUUAGUUUGAGAAACUAUGGUUUCUUUUGUAGUGUGUGCAACUGUUUCUGUGAAAAUACAGUUGUGUUAAAUCACAUGACAAGUGAAAGCCAUGGCAAAAAGCUAGAUGAAAUUCCAAAAUCGGUAUAGUAUGAGGAAAUUGAAACAGUGAAGUUAAUGUCUGUGGGACUAUAAUGUCAUUUUUGCUGUAAAUAUGUUAUUUCCAUCAGCAAAUAUUGUUAAUGUGUAUUACAUCAGUCUACUGAUACAUACUGAUUAUUGUAGUUUGAGGUUCUGUCAAAAAAGUAAAGAAAGAAUUACAUCAUACAAGGGUUUUAGAAAAGUGUUUUCAAGGAACUCAUUUUUAAGAAGGCUCCUUGUUUUAAAUUAAGACAAAAAUUGACAUUGUGAUAAGAGUGUGUGAAAAUAAAAACGUGAAAGUUAGUUAAAUGAAAAAUGCAAUUUACCAAGGAACAACUGGGUGGGAUAUAUUAAUUAAAGGUUUUGAAGCACAGUAAUUUGUUGACAGCAAGUUCGAACUUGUUUUGAGAUGCCUGUCCAUUAUAUUUUGGAUUCCCUUUCUAUGUUUUAUAUGACACUUGCCGUGAAUACAAGGAAUGUUCAGAAAGUAAGUGUACUGUGACCAAAACAGGCUGUAGUUUUUUGGUUUUUGAGGGUUGGCAACAGUCAGUGGUAGAGGAUUCACUGACCAGUGCAAACACCACAGGACACCUAGUAUGUAAACUCAUAUUGUAGAGUCCAGUUGUGUGAAAGAUGUCAGUAAGAAACCCCGACAAGUGCUGCCACAUGCUGUGAACUGCUUCCUACUCACAGAAAGAAUAACUACCGAAGGUCUUUUGUGAAUUAAAACAUUUUAUGGUGAAUGUGUUGUGAACAGAAUGAGUGUGUUUGAAUGGUGCAGGAGCUUAGUAAAUGCAGGAAAAAUGUUCGUCGAAGACCUUACAUUUUGACUGAUGAGUUGGUGCAAAAAAUCAAACUAUGUUUGUGAAGACUGCUGAUUGACUGUGGAUGAAAUUUCUUCAGUGUUUCCACAACUCUCCACGACUCUCUUAUGCAAAACACUCCUAGAAAUGCUGGGAUACUGCAAACUGUGUGCAAGUUGGGUCCAAAAACAGCUGAUGUAGCAGCACAAGAAAAAUUAGGUCAGUAGCACCCAUGAGUUUAUUGAACAUCUUGAAUUGGAAGAUGAGGAUUUUCUGAGCUCUUUUGUGACUGGAGAUGAAAUGUCACAGUGGUGUCACACCAAUUCCCAAUCUGCCAAAAAAUUUAAAACCACAUUUUCAGAUAAAAAAAAGUGCAACGAUACUUUGGGACCCUAAAAAACACAAAAGGAGAAUUCAGAACAAAAAUACAAGAAUGCUGACGAGAGGAGUGCCUGUCCUCACACAGCCUCAGCCACCAAGCUGCUCUUGGACCUAUUAUUUGUUUGGGAUCUUACAAACCAUUCUCUCUCCCUUGUAUUCCCCUGGCUUGGUGCCUUAAGAUUAUCAUCUUUUCACCCCCUUGGAGGCUUACAAGAGUAAAAUUAAAUUUUCAACAAAUGAGCAGAUGCAGAAAUAGGUUCUGAAGUGGAGGAAGGAGAGUUCUAUGAGGAGCGCAUAAAGAAGCUUGUGCCACAGCUCACACAUGCACUGAACAAGAUGGUGAUGGUGUGGUAAACUAGCCUGCAAGUGUAUCAACAAUAUUCCAAAGUUUUCAUUCAAAUACACUUUUUUUUAAAUAUAAAAAUCUAGUAAAUGUACUUUCUGAACACACCUCAUAUAACUUAUUUUCCUGUUCCUGCAGUUCUUUAAGUGCAUUUUAUUAUUUGUUGUCUAAAGUAGUUUGUAGCCAUUAGUUUGGAUGUUUCAGUGGUUAACUGUAAGGCUAUUCUUUACAGGUGAAUUUAUCUUUCAUUUAAUUAUGAUAAAUUUUCCUCUGUGGGUCAUUUCAUAUCAAGUCAUCCAGACCAUGACGCCCAUUA